AGUGUAGAGCUGGAGCGCGGGGGAGCGCGGCGGCGCCUCUGCCACCAAACUCCUGGGGCUCCGCGGUGUUCGGAUCCAUCUCUUCCCUAGCCCGCGGAAGCCUCACCAGGCUGCAGCUUCACUUUUUCCUCGUUUUUCUUUUUCUUUAAAAAGCACACCCCUCUCCACCCCAGCCUUCUGAUCACCGCAGCCCAGACAUUCCCGGGCUCAUCUUUCUGGGGCUGCCCAUCUCUCCCACUGCCGGUGACGACGCGCGCCCAACGUUGGGCGAAGCAAAGAAGAAAAACUUGUCGGAGGGGUUUCUCCAGCCUCCACUAACCCGCCCUCUCCCGCGAACCCCAAGCAUCCGCGGAAGCCAGUCCUAAGUCUGGGAAAGUUCCUCCAGUGCUCGGCGCCCUCUUAGAUCUGCAGGGCACGGGUGCUGGCUGUGGAAUUAGAUCUGUUUUGAACCCAGUGGAGCGCGUCGCGAGCGCUCGGAAGUCACCGUCCUCGGGAGCCCGGGUGGCGCUGCUUGUGAGGAUCCGGGAGUUUGCCGGCCCGGCUGCAAGUGACCUUUUCUCCACGAACUUGGUGGUCCUGUGUGUGUCGCCUGAGGGCUGCGAGGGUGGCAAGUUGAGGAGUGAGCCCCCGAAGUCCGGAGAGGACUAGGCUGUCCCUCCUUCUCUCGUCGCUGUUCUCUGCUACUGUGAGAGAAAGCCUAUCGAAACUGACCCGGACCUCCGGAUCCCAUCCGAGACCCACCGCAGAGCUCGACCGCUAGCCCCAUUUCCACAGAGAGCCCGGAGCCCAGGGCGGCAAGGAAAGACUCGAGGGGCUGGGAAGGGAGGUCGAGGCAGCAGCAUGGCGAGGUUCCUGAGGGCAGACCUGGCGGCAGCAGGAGUUAUGCUACUUUGUCACUUUUUAAUCGAACAAUUCCAGUUCGCCCAAGGGGAGCCUGGAAAUCAAAUCACUGAUUGGAAGUAUGAUGUUUCAAAGGCCUUUCCUCAAAGAGACGAUGGGGUGGAUGUGGACUCACAAGCAUACAGCCACAGAUGGAAAAGAAACUCAGACCCUUUUAAGGCAGUAGACACAAACAGAGCCAGCGUGGGCCAAGACUCGCCAGAGCCCAGAGGCUUCACUGACCUGCUACUGGAUGAUGGCCAGGACAACAACACCCAGAUCGAGGAGGACACAGAUCACAAUUACUACAUAUCUCGGAUAUAUGGCCCAACGGACUCUGCCAGCCGAGAUCUGUGGGUGAACAUAGACCAAAUGGAGAAAGACAAAGUGAAGAUUCAUGGGAUAUUGUCCAACACUCAUCGGCAAGCAGCGAGAGUGAAUCUGUCCUUCGAUUUUCCAUUUUAUGGUCAUUUUCUACGUGAAAUCACUGUGGCUACUGGGGGUUUCAUAUACACUGGAGAAGUUGUACACCGAAUGCUAACAGCCACACAGUAUAUAGCACCUUUAAUGGCAAAUUUUGAUCCUAGUGUAUCCAGAAAUUCAACCGUCAGAUACUUUGAUAAUGGCACAGCACUUGUUGUCCAGUGGGACCAUGUCCACCUGCAGGAUAAUUACAACCUGGGAAGCUUCACAUUCCAGGCAACACUCCUCAUGGAUGGACGCAUCAUCUUUGGAUACAAAGAAAUACCUGUCUUGGUCACACAGAUAAGUUCCACCAACCAUCCAGUGAAAGUCGGGCUGUCUGAUGCAUUUGUCGUUGUCCACAGGAUCCAGCAAAUCCCCAAUGUUCGAAGAAGAACAAUUUAUGAAUAUCACCGCGUAGAACUACAAAUGUCAAAAAUUACCAACAUUUCAGCUGUGGAGAUGACCCCACUCCCCACAUGUCUGCAGUUCAAUGGCUGUGGUCCUUGUGUAUCCUCUCAGAUUGGCUUCAACUGCAGUUGGUGUAGUAAACUUCAAAGAUGCUCCAGUGGAUUCGACCGCCACCGACAGGACUGGGUGGACAGUGGAUGUCCAGAAGAAGUACAGUCAAAGGAGAAGAUGUGUGAGAGCGCAGAGCCAGCGGAGAGUUCUCAAACCACCACAACCUCACACACAACCACCACGCAAUUCAGGGUCCUGACCACCACCAGGAGAGCCGUGACAUCCCAGCUGCCCACCAGCCUGCCCACGGAAGAUGACACAAAGAUAGCACUGCAUCUCAAAGAUAAUGGAGCCUCUACAGACGACAGUGCAGCUGAGAAGAAAGGAGGAAGCCUUCACGCAGGCCUCAUUGUUGGAAUCCUGAUCCUGAUCCUCAUUAUAGCGGCAGCCAUUCUGGUGACAGUAUAUAUGUAUCACCACCCAACAUCAGCCGCCAGCAUCUUCUUCAUUGAGAGACGCCCAAGCAGAUGGCCAGCAAUGAAGUUUCGAAGAGGAUCGGGACACCCUGCCUAUGCGGAAGUUGAGCCCGUUGGAGAGAAAGAAGGUUUUAUUGUGUCAGAGCAGUGCUAAAAUUUUAGGACAGAGCAGCACCAGUACUGGCUUACAGGUGUUACAACUAAACUUUGCUUAUACCUUUAAAACAGACACACACCACAGCCACACACAAAGGAGCCCUAAACUGCUGUAGCCAGAAGGGAGACAAGAUUUCUGGACGAGCCCAGCCCAGGAACAUUGAAAGGAAAACUCAGACUUGUACAAGACACCAUGUACACUGAUUAUAACAUUCCCUACCGGAAUGACAUCCAUGGCUCACGAAGAACAUCUCCUGUGGACUUGCCAGAAGUGUGACAAGAUGACAAUGUUUUUGGUUUAGGUGCAGGGUUGCAAAGGGAUCAAGGAAAAAUAAUAAUAAUAAAUAAAGCUUUAGUUCACAAGGGAUUUACUCCUUUGGUUCCAAUGUUCUCUGAUGUCUCAAAGAUAACCAUGUUUCAGAGUCCUAAUGUUUUCACUGGGAAGAGCAAUGAUGAAUGCUUCAAGAUUGCUGGAAACAAUGGCUCACAUGAGAGCAAAACCAAACAGAAACAGAGGUUUCUCUAUCUUUUCCAAACAGACUUUCGGCAAAAGAAUUUUAGUUUUUGCUCUAAAUCCAGACGCUCCACCAGGUUCAUUACUUCUCAGGAUGAACCUUUCAUCUGUUUGGAAGUUCACUAUGCCUGCCUCUUCCUGGGUAAUGAGCACCCUUUCUGUUGGCUGUGACACAACUUCCCAAUGCUAAGCUGAGGACUAGAGAGGAGGGCAUAGCCGGUGAGGGUUUCCAUUCUCUCACUUCAGAAUGAGUUUGUUGUCAGAAGUGCUGCCUCCUCUCCCACCUGGACUCCUGAGAAGCCGCAUUUAAUCUUGGCUAAUGGAAAGAGACAGAAAUAACAAGAAGAAUAGGUGGUCAUUUUUUGAGACAAAUAUCUUAAGGGAUUUAAACACUGUUAUUUUGAAAGUUCACCAUAUCUGUAUGACAAACCCGUUUCAUUGUCAGUUCCUGUCUAAGAAAUCAUUCAAGUCAACGUAUUUCUGGUGAUAGGGGAAAAAACAGAAUGAAAUAACCCUGCUGAAUCACACAGUAAUUUUCUUUAAAGCACAUAGUAGUUACAUAAAUAUAUAAAUAUAUAAAUAUAUUUUUGUUUAUAACUAACACAAGGCAGGCUCUUGUGGCUCUAAAGAGUGUAUUUUGUCAUCAAGACAAAACAAAUGCAAGAUGAAUCACGGCAUUCCUCCCACAACACUGUAAGAUAAUCCUUAAUAUUAGCAUAUUUUUAUGUCACUUCCAGAAGUGCUUCAUUUAGUUGCAGCACACAUCGUUUUGCCUCCUAUUGGAUCGACUCUUUCAUUCAUUCCAACCCCCUCUCUCCUUGAUGCCAAGAAGCAGUUGUAAAUGUCCCUUGAGUGGAGUUCUCACUGAUACUCUGAUUGCAAUCCGAACUUUGAAAAAUUCCCAAAAGAGAAGAAAGAAAAUGUACCAGUCAAAAAGGGAAGUUGGUAAUGUAAACAAUAUCUCUAAAUCUGAGGUUCUGUGGUUUAGAAUUCUGCCAACCACCAAAACUGUAAACCUUUUCAUUCAACAUUUGCAGAUGUUUGCAGACUCAAGUUACACAAAGCAACGGUUCCCAGUAUUAGCACUUCACUGACAGUUUGCAAUCUAUGUAGAAUGUCUACACUGGACAGCAUCCAUCCCCUAACAGAGUGUCACAUUAUCAUCCCCAGUGUCUGGCAUAAGUGAGGGCUCUUUUCUGCCACAUGUAUUUUGCUUUAUUCCUUGAAGUAUUUGAAGACAGUAACUUUUCCCUAACCUCAGAUAAAACUAUCAGAAAACAAAGGUAGGCGAACAGCAUAAUUGUAGGAUGUGAUGACAAUCUGUGCCCCAGGUAUGCUCAAGCAAUAAGAAAUAUCUCAGCUUAUUCUUGUUGGUGCAAUUUUGGUGAGAAAGCAGUAUCCAAAUGACUUGCCAAUGUAACUGGUGCAACUGGUAUUUUACAGACACAGAAGGUAUGCAUAGACGACUUUCCUUUUAGGAUAAGAUAAUGCUUUCACAAGCUUUGACAAUAAGCCUGGCUUCCAAAAGCAAUGGAUUGGCAGCCACAUAAAUCUUUUGCAUCUGCAUCUCACUCAACGUAGUUCCUACAAGUAGUAAUGUUAUCUUUAUACCCUUCAAACCCCAUCUUCCAUUUUUAAUUAAAACCAUUGAUAAUUCUUUUAAAUGAAUACAUAAGACCCUCUGACUUACUCGGUGUAUCAAAGAACCAAGUAACAGAGAAGUUGGAAGCAAGAAGGUUUCUAAGUUAUGUGGAAACUUUCUAAGUUAACAGAGAGAGAGAGAGAGAGAGAGAGAGAGAGAGAGAGAGAGAGAGAGAGAGAGAGAGAGAGAGAGAGAGAGAGAAAAUAAGUACUGCAUUGUAUGAAUCCACAAAAAUUCUGGUAGAAUCUCUUUGCUCUAUGAAACUUUAAUUCUGUUUGUACUUCUGGUCUGUUCUCGAAUUCUGUUUACUUCAGAGGAAGGGCACAUAAAGGUUCUAGAAAUUUCAAAAAGGAGUCCAGUAUUGUGGACUAUAUAUGGAUUAUGUAUUACAAAAGAUAGGCACAAGUACCUUAGUCAAUAUUCUGUGAGCAUGAAGAAAGAAUGUCAAUGGUGUUCUUCUGAGAAGAAUAACAAUGGGAUGCAUACAACCAUAAGAAGAAACCAGGGAAGUGGUCCUGCAAGGGAACUUAACUAUUUUACCUUAACUACAAGAGUAAUGAUCAGUGAUGAGAGCUGCAAAUCACCCAACCAGAUGGUACAGGCUUGUUUGUGAAUGAUUGGGACCUUAAAGAGCACUGACAAAUAGAAAGAUAAAUGUUAAUGGCCAAUGGCAAUUGAGCACAAAUGUUUUUCUGUAAGGUUUCUAGGGUAUUUGGUAGACUCUCGAAUGAGGUAGAAAGUUGCUGUCCACUAUUGAAUCUACUAGCCAAUUAUGGCUAAUGAUUUUAAUACAAUUUAUAUUCAAUCUUGUGGUCACAUUUCAAGGACCCAUAGCCACACAUGGCUCAUUACUAUCAUUUUAGGCUACACACAACAUUCUAGCAAUGCAGAAAAGUUUACUAUAAAGUACUAUAAUGUUUUAAUUGAACUAUUUAUUCUUAAAGAAAAUAGUAGAAUGAAGGAAAGAAGGAAGGAAGAAAGGAAGGAAGGAAGGAAGGAAGGAAGGAAGGAAGGAAGGAAGGAAGGAAGGAAAUAUGUUAGCUCUUAAACACACCCAAACACUUUUUUCUUAUAAUCUAAGAGAAGCCACAAAGAGAAAUAAAGAGAAGACCAGUUGACAUGGAUUUGUGUCUUUAUAGCAUUUUCUUGGAAAAAAUAACUUCAACUUCCAUGAGUCUCAAUUUUCUAGUUGGAAAAAAUUUUUAAAUAUGUUGUUCCAUCUUUUUUGCAAGAUUGUUUUGCAGACUGAUUAAAUAUACAGAUUGUAAAGACUUUCAAAACCUGACAUCAAUGUAAUCUGUGAAGCUCAUCUGUAGGGCCAAGACUGAAUUGCACACAAAGGAAGUUCAUUAUUCCAAAAAGCAACUAAAGACAAUCGAGGCAAUACAUUCUUGAGGAAAUGCCAAAGCACAUAACAAAACUGCUUGAAUUUCUUUUUGUCUGUGUUUUCUUUUUCCUUUUGUCCAUGUUUUUUUCUUUCCUGACUCUUUUUCUUAUUUGCCCACUUGCUGUGUCUCUUCCACUUGCCUGGGCUCUUUCUUAUGUGGAGUCACUUGGUGCCUUUGUUUUUCUGCUUUUACACUUUUCUCCUCAUAAUAAAUGGAAUCCCAGGAUCUUAGCAGAGGCUCGUUUGAAAACAAAGCAAAUGAUAAUGCAAACAUUAGUUAUCUCAUAUUUAUUUCAUUUCUAUUACAAACGUAAGGAGCUAUGAAGUGAAAACAUAAAUAUGGUGGAGACUUGUUUUUAAUGUAAAUUCUGCAAAUGAAGACGUUAUAAAAGGAAUAAAAUACUUUAAAGUAUGAUCACGUCUAGAUAAUAUAUGGUGUGGGAAGGCAUCUCAUACAUUUCAUUGAUAAGAAAACCAAGGCUUGAAUAAAUAUAAUAAGUCUUUCUGUUGUCAAAAGUGGGUUUUGAACUUAAAAUUCUCAAUUGGUCUUUUUGGUUUCAAUUGUUAUUGCUUUCAUUUCUUUGUAAGCAAUUAAGACAAACAAACAGAUUAAAGGCAUAAUCCAUGACAAAAUCAACUUUAUCUCCUGUAGGGAUGAUUUCUAUAUCUUAUAUAAUACUAUGAAACAUGAAACAACCUUCGUGUAUCCUGUUACUAUCUUAAGAAUGUUGUUAUUCUGUUUCAAGUUCCAUCUCUCAUAGGGUCCUUAUGUGUCCUCUCUCCACCUUCUUUGCUGUGGUCCUCAGGUUAGCAAUGCUAUUUAUCUUUGUCAUUUAACUGUUCUUAUGCCUUGUUUCAUUCCUACUCAAUUGUAUUUGAAAACUAAUACUGUUUAUUGAAGAAUUCGUAUCUCAUAGAUAAUCAGUUUUUACUUGUUCAUGAAAACUAUUUAGAAACUGUGUCCUGAGAUGGUCUUAUGGGAAAUUUUGACAUCAGAGGUGUUACCUACAAUAUACUCAUAUCAUUGUGUUUUUAUAAAGCACUUUACAUUUUACAGAGUACUUUGAUUCAUCCUUUUACUUGUUCAUACAUUGAAGCAUACAAUUAAUAUUACUUUGUUAAAUACC